AUGGCUGACGUCGGUGGAGCCUCUGGCAAGCCGCCGAAGGGCAAGCGCGAGUCCAGCAAGGAUACUUACACCUACAAUGGCAAGGAGUACUCGGCCAGGGAAUUUUACGAGAAGCUGAAAGACAGCAAGCGAAAUAGCCGUGCUUCCUGGUGGGCAUUCUUCAACGUUGUGCUGGUAAACAACGCAGUGAAGCUGGCCUGCGCGUUUUGCCCCACCCAGCUCAAAGCGAUCGCGAUCACUCGACGGCACAUUGGACAGGUUCUGAAGGUGCAGCGCGCUCUGGACGCGCACUUCGCGGAGUUUGACAAGCAAAACCCCGACAUGAUGGUGAAGCCGCGGGGCAACAUGGAGGCUGUGGCUGAAUGGCGGGGACAACUGGUUUCCGCCGUUUCACGAGCUCAGCAAGGAGGUAAGGAGCGGGAGGACGCCCGUAAGCUGGCGGCUGAGGUGUAUGCGGGCAACGGUGAGGGUGCAACGGAAGAGGACCGGCGGGCGGACAAGGAUGCUCCUUCCCUCGUCCACGAUGCGCUCUGUGCAUGUGCCUUCGUGCGAUGGAGAUGUACACGGAAGCAGCUCACGGCCGCUGAGGACGUCUAUGUCGCACCGCCACACGGCACCCUCUGGAACUCCGCUGCAAUGAAGAUGCCUGAUGGCUACAUGUUAACUUUAUCCCAGGUCACCACCGUCCAUCAACUAGGGGCGCAUUGCCUUCCACCAUCGGAAGGAAUUUCGACCCUAACGGGUAUCGAUCCCGGGAUCUCCCGGGGGCAAUGGUCGCGCUGUAAUAUAUGGACUGUGGAUCUAGAUCUGGAUCUGGAACUGAAUCUGGAGCUGUUCGCGCUAUUUCCAACUUUUAAUACCGGGCGGGCCAGAGCUGGUCCCGAUACCAUAUCCCAUCACCGCGUGGGCCAAUCAGCAGGCCGCGCCAGUUCUAACUUAAUGUGGCCCGCAAGUGUUCGGUCUCAGAGGUCUCAGAGGUCCGCUGAAAUUUAG